ACUUUAUAUUAUACAUCAUUCUCCGGUGUGAUUCCAAAUUCUCAAUUGAUCAUUGUACCUUAUCAACCUCCAAGUGUUUUUGAUCCUUCUACUUGGUCGUUGGAAUUAUUUAUUCAUCCGGGAGACUGGAUACCAUGGGUAUUAUUAGUGUUAAUAAUAUCUACAAUUGUUAUGGCGAUCAUUGUGGUAAUUUUGAAUUGGAUGGAAAAGAGGGAAGAUGAACUAGAAAGGAAGAAAGCUUCGCAUAUGAUUCAUUUUGGUGCUUUGUAA